AUCACAUGGCAUUAAUCGCUAUCGUGUCGAGGGUCGUCAUUGUCAGUGAAGUCAAAGCUAGUGUCUCAACAACACACAAGAGCUGGUGUUGUUUUUUCUUGACACUGUACUACUACCGUCGUUUUCGUUUUAGAAAUAAUUGAUUUUUUUUCGAUUACUUAAAUAAUAAUAUAACAAACUAGUCACACACUGUAAACGUCACUCGCUUAAAUUUACCAAAUCAAUUAAAUUUACUUUGUAUAGUUAGUUAUUUUUUUUUAUUUUACGGUGCUAUGCAAAAUAUGGUUUAUUCUAUAAAUUCACUAAAAACGGUCACGGCAACUCGAUGAACACCACCAACGUCAUCUCUUCAAGCAACCGCCGAAUGGAUAUUAUUUUACCCUUAAUCGUGGGUUCCGGAUUUGGGUAACCAAAAAUGACUUGACGCCCAAAAACGUCUACAGAAGAAGCCGAUCUGUUGCAGUCCGCACAAUUGGACCCGGCCGCCGCAUCCACUGGGGAGGACACGGUAUGGCCGGGGGUUGAGUGGUCGUCAGUACGGGGGUCGAUGGAUUGGUGCGCAGGUGGCGAAGAUCUGUUAGGCGACCCUACGCUACUGGUGGGUGCGGGUAUGUUGCACGGCCCAACGCAAUUCUGCACAGAUACUUGCUGUACGCCAGGGUUGGAGCAGCCUAACGAGCACACCAUUCAGUUACAACAGCCAACCAUCGUCACAGUCGGCGGACCUUACAAUAAACCGUGUGGAGAUAACAUGGCAGAUGUAUUAUUGUCUCUGAAGCACACAGUAUCGACUCCUCAAUCUUCUAACGAACACCAUCAACACCAUGAUCAGGGAUACUCAUUAUCGGCCAGUAAUGUAAGGAACUUCGAUAGUGAUGAUUCUCCACCGCUUGUAGACUAUGAUGGAUCACCGUACGGCGACCAGACGUGCUGGACAACUUUAGGCGGUCAUCAACAACAUUUACAACAACAGCAACAGUAUCCGAGCAUGAGCGUGAACGUCAGCAUGAACAUGACAAUGCACGGAUAUCCACCGUUACACGGCGACACUCAGUUCGGGUGUCAAUCGGUCGGUUGGGCGUUGCCGACUUCGACUUCACCAGUACACCAUCACGGACAAACGGCGCACCACCAAGGCCUGAUGAGUCCGUUAGUGCCGAUGGGCUCUAACUAUCCGUCCGGCGGUGCGACUUACUCGUUCACAGCCGAUUUCCGGCCACAAGAACUGCCGCCACCGCCGUUUGCAUGCAACAUCGACGACGUUAUGGACUGCGAGGAGCGCAAACCCACGGAGCUGGUAAUGUCGACGGGAGGUGGCGAGUGCGUGCCAGCUAACGGCGGCGGCGGCGGUGGUGGUUCCGGAUCGACGUCGGGAGAAGACGGAUGCCGACCGAACUUGUGUCGAAUAUGCGGCAAGACGUACGCGCGGCCGAGCACACUGAAGACGCACUUGCGAACGCAUUCCGGCGAGAAACCGUACCGGUGCGACGACUGCAACAAAUCGUUUAGCCAAGCAGCCAACCUGACCGCGCACGUUCGCACUCACUCCGGUGAAAAACCGUUCCGGUGUCAAAUCUGUGACCGCCGGUUCUCGCAGUCCUCCUCGGUGACCACGCACAUGCGCACCCACUCAGGCGAGCGGCCGUACCGGUGCCGGUUGUGCAAGAAGGCGUUCAGCGACUCGUCCACCCUAACCAAACACCUGAGAAUACACUCCGGCGAGAAACCGUAUCAAUGCAAGCUGUGUCUGUUGCGGUUCUCGCAGUCGGGCAACCUGAACAGGCAUAUGCGAGUCCACAGCGGCAUGAACGGCGCCGACAUACUGUUACCUGUAUGACGGUGGCGGACGGCCGGGCACCAAAUAUACCGUCAUCAAGAAAUUUUCCCGUAAUUGUGUCACCCUAAUCAUAUCCUAAGCUACGAUAGUUAUGGUCGUGCGGAUGACGUCAAACCCUAACAACUUUUAUCACCCAAAAACUGCAAACGUCAAAACGCGUUAAGCUACCUCCUUGUGUGUGUACCAAGCCGUAAGUGUACAUAAAAAAAGAAAUUGUUAAAUCUAAGUUAUUAAAAAGUAAGACAUCUUUAAGAUAUAAACAUUUUUAACUACUAGUAUAAUUCAGUAACUUUAAGUCAAACUAGAUAACAUUUUAAGUCGGUAAAUUAUGUUUUUAACUUACAGAGGCUGAAGUAUUCGUGUUUAUUUUUGGGGGGUAUCGAAAAUUUUCCUAAUAAUACAGUAAGAGAAAACCCUAAUAGGUAGUGUUAUGUCAUAAUUCCCCAUCAUUUUUUUUACUGAACACCAGACACAAGUUUCAAAUAUAGGCGGGUUAAGGAACACUAUUAGUUGAACAAAUUUAGUAAUUCAUAGUCAUUGAAUACAAAAUGAUUGUUACAGUGUGAGUUAUUUAUCAAAAUAGUCAUUAUAAGAAACACAUAAGGUACACCUUAUUAAAUUAUACUUGAAGAGAGAUUUGAGGAAAAAA